AUGAAAGGCCAAGUAAUAGCUGAUUUUUUGGUUGAUCAUAGUGGGUCGAAAGAACAGGAGACGGUGGUGACGUUGAAACCUUGGGAAAUGUAUUUCGAUGGUUCGAGGCAUAAGAAGGGGACCGGGAUAGGUAUCUUGAUAAUUUCACCCCAAGGAAUCCCGACAAAAAUUAAGUUGGGCAUCGAAGGUGAGUGUUCGAAUAAUGAGGCGGAGUAUGAAGCUUUAUUGAUAGGGCUCGAAACGGCUCUAAACUUGGGGGCUAGAGAGCUCUUAAUUCGUGGAGAUUCAGAGUUGGUUAUUAAGCAACUAACUGGUGAAUACCAAUGCGUUAGUGAGAAUUUAAUGAAAUAUCAUUCGAAAGCAGUUAAAAUGUUAAGAAGUUUUGAUGAGGUCGAAUUAUGUCAUAUCCCUAGGAUCGAGAAUGCUGAAGCGAAUGUUUUGGCACAAAUUGCGUCAGGAUACCGGCUACCUCGGAAAAAGUUUAAAGAGCUAGUAAAGGUCAAAAGAAAGUUUAUUCCUAGUUUUAAGGAAAGGAAAGUGGAGUUCGAGCAGGAGGUAUUGGUCAUUAGUAAUUUGGAUGAUAGUGAUUGGAGGAAACCUGUUGUGAAAUACUUGCAAAACCCAAAUGCACCAACAGAUCGAAGAACAAAGUAUCGAGCUCUAAGUUACUUGAUUUUGGAUGACGAAUUGUUUAAAAAAGGGGUGAAUGAAGUUUUACUAAAGUGCCUAAGUGAAGAAGAAGCGUUUCGAGCAGUCAAGGCCGUUCAUGAUGGUAUGUGUGGGGCGCAUCAGGCUGGCCAUAAGAUGAAGUGGACAUUGUUUCGACAAGGAGUAUAUUGGCCAAAUAUGUUAAAAGAUUGCAUUGAAUAUGCCAAAUCUUGCGCCGAAUGUCAGAAGCAUGCUGGCAUCCAACAUGUACCGGCAAGUGAGUUACAUUCGAUCGUGAAACCCUGGCCAUUUAGGGGGUGGGCGUUGGAUUUGAUAGGUCAAAUACAUCCUUCUUCGUCUAAACAACAUGACUAUAUAAUAGUGGCUAUCGAUUAUUUCACUAAAUGGGUCGAGGCCAUUCCGCUGAGAGGUGUCGACCAAGAUACGGUUAUUAGUUUUAUUCAAGAACACAUAGUAUUUAGAUAUGGGAUCCCUGAGACGUUAACUACUGACCAAGGGUCAGUAUUUACUGGAAGGAAAAAAUGGCUCAGUUUGCUGAGGAUUUUGGAAUAA